AUGACUCCUAUGAAAUUCUGGCACACUUAUUACGUGACUAUCCCUCCAAUUGGUUCGCUCUAUGACUGUAGAAUUGUUGCUGCAUUGCCCGAUACGUUGGUAUGGUACCAUUGUGGCACAAGCGGUUGGCAGUCCGUAACUCUACCCAAUACCGGAUAUGACGUAUUGCUACAGUUUGGUGACGCAAUCUGCAAGGUAUUUACCACUGGACCUGUCAUGCUUACCAUAAUCAUCCAUUCGGUGACCCAUGACCCCUCCAUGGUUGUUUUACAGCCCUUGUGUGAAAUCCACAAAACCGUUGCUUUUCACGUCCCCGUAUCUCUCGAAUCUGCACAGAUCAUGUUUGUUACAUAUAUAGACGAUUUAAAUUAUAUAACGUUAGACAAUGAUUAUGUGACUAAUUUACACAUUACUCCAAUCGAACCGGAUCUUGUUGGUGUGUUUGGAUACGUUCAAAGUGGGACUCACUUUAUAAGAACAUCCGGGCUCUCCCUAAGAAUAUCGGGAUAUGUACUUGGAAGGCAUGGUAGUGAAACAUACGGAUUCUCGCUACAAGCUGGACGAAACAGUUCGUUCGUUUUCGACACAGGAACAGCUGAAAUCCUUAAUAACAACAAAUAUGAGUCUACCGCCACGCCUUUGACAUAUGACACAGAGAUUACAACACAAGUUAGAGACGAAAACAACCUCGAACAGUCAAUAAACUCUGUCACGGUUGAUGACACAGUCAGCACAGCGAGUGGAACCGCCAAAUCUGUUGGAACAUCUGAAUCCUCCUCCACAGAAACAAAAGGUUUCUCAGCAUCUGGAAACCUCGAGACAUCGAAAGCAACAACAGUCGCCUCGGGUUUUACAACAUCCGAAAUAACGCCUGACGAAAUAGUCAGCGAAACGACUUUAACAACCAUUCAAAAGUCCGAAACAAAAAUCGCCUCAGGUAUUACAGCAUACGAAAAACCUCCUGAAGCAACAAUGAUCACAGCUAUUAUAACAAGCGGACCAAACACUGAAACAACAGCUUCCAAGGUUAAAGCAGCGCCCAAACCAACGACUGAAGCAACAACCACCACAUUUACGGAAACAACAGAAUCAAACAUUCAAACAACAACCGUCAAAACUGCCAGAAAAACAGUUGCCGGAACAUCCCAACCGGUGACCAAAACGACAGCCGCCAUUUUUUAUGGAACUUCAGUCGCCCACGGAGACACAAACUUGAUGGCAUCAGAAGGAACCACAACAGCCGUAACGAAUGAAAUUACAAGCAUUGACUGGAAUACGUCACCAGAAUCCAAAAGGCCGACCGAAACAUCAGUGCUUUGUGGUACAGCAAAUCCUUAUUCCAUUAAAAACAUGAAAUGCUUUAUGUAUUGCCGCAAUUAUACUAGAGAUAUGGACAUCCGUUUGGUUGACAUGCGUGCCAACCUGAUUGACCGGAAGAAGACCAGACGCUACAUCCGCACUCUGACGUCUGCGCAGGACGACCGGAUGUCCGUACAGACUAUCGGGUAUACGGGUGUGAUAUGUACUGGUGUCAGUGUUUUUAUUUAUAGUCUUUCUGGACUUUGAAGCAUGUAAACCCAGGAAACGGAAUCAAAGGAGUCCGGUGUAGUACACUUACAAAACAAAAAAAGUUCAUCUGAUGACUUCGGAGGACAAACGAAAUCCUUAAAAUGGGGAGAAAGCUUGAGCAAAAAUACAUAGGUACACAAGGAGAAUGAGGAGAGGAUUUGCAGAGAGAAUUCGUUUCCUGUUUCACCAAAGACACCCGCCAUUUUAAGCGAUAGAGAAUUUAACAGUACAUUACUUGUGUCUGUGAAAUAUCCUACAACAGCGAACAAUAAGUGUAAUGUAAAAUUAGAAUGGAAACAAAGGACUUGAUUGUGACAAACUUUUAUUGUAUUUAACAUUAUCUUCAUUUUUAUUAUAUUCGUUAGCAUUGAAUUGAUUUUGAAUUAUCCUGUAAAUUGA